GAAACCGUAAAAGCUCAACGAAUACCAAUGGCGACCAUCUCCGAGAUGCAGGAGGAGAAACCCUCGUUGCCGUUUAACGCAAGCUUUGACCCUUCAAACCCACUAGGGUUUUUGGAGAAAGUCCUUGGCUUUAUUGGGAAAGAGAGCGACUUUCUGUUGAAAGACACAGCGGAUAAAGAGAUCGCCAGUGCUGUUACGGCUGCGAAGAAGAGGUUGAGGGAAGCCGAGGAGGAGAAAGAGAUCUUGAAGCCCCUUGAGAAGAAGCUGAAGGAGGAGAGUGUGCCCAUUGAGGUAGAGAAGCUGAAGAAGGAAGGCUUGAAGCCUACGGAACUCAUUGAGGUAGAGAAGCUGAGGAAGGAAAGCUUGGAGCCUACGGAACCCAUUGAGGUAGAGAAGCUGAAGAAGGAAAGUUUGAAGCCUACGGAACCUAUUGAGGUAGAGAAGCCUAAGGAGAGAGAGUUCACGUUUGGUGCCAUUCCUAACAAAUGGUGGAAUGUCACGCUUGGUGAAGUUCCUAACAAAGGGAAUGGGCUUGAUUUUGAGAAAUACUCAUGGACACAGGAUCACGAGGAGGUCACAAUCACCAUCCCAGUACCUAGCGGCACCAAUCCACGGUAUGUUACCUGUGAAUUCAACACGUACCGUCUGAAAGUUUGUCUCCAAGGGGGGCAACAUACAAUCAUAGAUGGAGCACUCUUCGGUGCUGUGAAGCCUAACGACUGCUUCUGGUAUCUCGAGGAUGAAAAGGUCAUAUGGGUGCUCUUGAGAAAGCAAGGCUGGCAUGGGUGGUGGAAAUAUUGUAUGAAAGGGGAGCCUGAGAUUGACACUCAGAGAGUUGACCGGAAGAGCAGUAAACUGGAUGAUCUCGACCCGGAGACUCGCAGUAAAGUUGAGAAGAUGAUGUUUGAUGAAAGGCAGAAGCAUGAUUUGAAGAAGAAGUCCAUGUCUCAGUAUGAUUCUCUAGGAAUGUGCACAGAACGAAGGUUCAGGAUGAAUCUUACGAAUAAGCCUAAGUACUAA